CCCCGCUACUACUUUUUAUUACUACUACGACGUCUCUGCACUGAUCACGCGAGGCGCCGCUCAUCCCGGCCUCUCCGUCAUGCUGUGCUCCAUCGCCCUCGUAUCGUAGCUGGACCCAUUGCACACACGCGUGGGAGGACUACACAUAUCAAAGCACCCCAGCAUGAGGCACCAGAAGCACGGCGCGACAACGACGACGAUCCAAGGUGAACCGGCCGCGAUGAGGACCGGCGGGGGGUCACGAGGCGCGAAAGGGCCAGCUUCAGCGGCGGCUUCAGCGGCGGCUUCAGCGGCGACUUCCGCAGCGGCCGCAUCGCUGCCCAUCGACAUCCUCCUCCUGAUCCUCGGCCACCUAUGCCGCAUCUCGCCGAGCUGUGCCGUCAAGGCGCUCCUCGUCUCGCCCUCGCUAUCCCCGCUCGUCGAGGCCGACGUCUAUGGCACCGUGUCGCUGAUGAGCGUCGCCGGCCUCGUCUCCUUUGAGGCGCUCCUCCGCCAGCGGCCCGAGCUUGGCCGCCGCGUGACGAGCCUCUGGAUCGCGCCGUGCCGCCAGAGCAGCGACCUCAUCACCAUCCUCGCCCCCAUCCACACCGGCCGCUCCUCCGAGGCCAACCAGGCGCGUGUGCAGGCGCUGGCCAAGUCUGUCCUCAGGGCCUGCCGCCGCCUCCGCCACCUCGCCCUCGACGGCGGCUUCCUCACCCCGCAGGCCGCAGAGGCAUUCGGCACGCCCUGCAAGCCAGCCACGCUCCUCUGCGUCAAUGCCCACAGCUUCCUCGGCCACUUUUCCGCCCCCAUCUUUCGCACCGUCAACCGGCUCGAGGUCGUCGACACCACGCUGGCCGUCGAGGAGGUCGACGAGAUCCGGCAGAUGCCCGCCCUCCGCCACUUUCUGUGGACCUCGCCGCGGGCCCAGUCGGACGUCAGCCGCGACGUCUCGGUCCUCCUCCGCAUCGUCUCGCCACGCACCAAUGCCUCGGCUGCAAAUGCCGCUGCUGCUGGUGCUGCUGCUGCUGGGGCCGGCGCUGACGGCGUGCUUGCCUUGCCGCCACCCGAGAGGACACGGGUCAACGACCGGCUGACGACGAUAUGCACCGCGACGUCGCAGGCGCGCGCCGCCAGCCUCGCCUCUUCCUUCCGAAAGGCCAUCUCGGGCACCAUGUCGUCGCUGCCCUCUGCAUCGGCGAUGCCGACUCCGACAACCUACCAUGCCUACCUGGCCCAGCAGCAGCAGCACAGGCCCGACUAUGUCGACUCGGGCGCCGCAGAGAGCAACAUGGUCCAUGUCGCCAGCGGCGUCCAGCUCCAGACGAGGGCGCUCCACUCUCUCGCCUCCAUCCGACUCGGUCAACACUCCUCGACGCCGACGUCCUCGUCUUCCCUGACGGCUUCGCUCCGCAAGCUCGCGCUUGCCAAGGGCGGCAGCACAGGUGCAGCAAACGAAAAGCAAGACGCAGGAGACGAGGAGGAAGGGGAGGGCGAUGAAGGAGAAGAGGAAGAAGGUGAAGAAGAAGAAGAGGAGGAGGAAGAGGAGGAAGACGACGAAAUCGUCGUCGAAGAGUGGGAAGCACUGCGCGACGUCGUGUGCCAGCGCAAGAAUUCCCCUGCUCCCCUGACCUACCAGCCUCGCUACACUGGCCAGGGCGGGCCGACGACGUACAACCACCCAACCUAUGGCUCGUCGAUGUGGGCGAGCGACAUCAUCAGCGGAGAGAGCAGCGCCAACACGACGAAUGCCACCACGACGAGGUCCAGCUCGCCCCCGGCCACGACUGAAAUCGACGGCGGGCGCGCCCUCGAGAGAGUCUGGAUCCGAUGGAGGUCACAGAUCGAAUCUGGAUACCUCGACUCGUGCAUUGCUUAACUGCGUUGCACUCUUGCUUCACACACACACACACCUGUUGUCCCGCUCUCUUUCUCCCGGUUCCAGCCUCAUUCUUUCCCUGCCCCUUGUGUAUUCUAUAUAUAAUUAGACAAUUGCAACAUCAGACUGUC